GAGAAGUCACAACAGCAAAGCCAGGUAUUCACAAUAGCAGAAGUCAGCUGAACAGAAACCGCUUGAAGAGAUGGCUCCACUUAUUGUGUUGCUCAUCUUAUUCAGAAUAUCUGCAGUUCAAACAGAAGGCAAUGUCAUAGAAUUCUGUGAAAAGGUUGAAAAGGUCUGUGACAAUACACCAGAGGAUAGCGUUCCAAUGUGUUUAGACGAAAAAAUGCGUAACUGUAGACGAGGACGAACCUUUCUGCCGGACUUCAUACAUGAGCAGGUCGACACAUCUCAGCAGGUUGAAAGGAGUCUGACGAAGCACAAGGUUAUGAUUCCCUUUUCGGCUCUGCAGAGCAGCCAGAAGAACGGGAGCAAAACACUCUUGGUCAUCACUGUGUUCAACAGCACCUAUUUCCGGGUGAAUGCACAUCCGAGGGGAAGAAUGUUGUCCCAUCAGCCAGAUGUCUUGGGAGGCUUAGUAUUGAUGGUGAAGGUAGGCCAGAAAGCAGUGCGUAACCUGUCCGAACGCAUCCAGCUUGUCUUCAAAAAUAACCACACGGAAGGAAACGGGAAGUGUGUGUUCUGGAAUGAAGUGCAAAGAGGAAAUGGUCACUGGAGCCCAGAAGGCUGUCGUACCACUGUGGCCGGGGACACAUUUCUUUGCAGCUGUGACCACCUCAGCUUCUUUGCCGUGCUUGUGAAUCCAAUGGUGUCGGUCGACAGCAAAACUGCCGUCAACCUGAGCUACAUCACCGCUGUUGGAUCUGCUCUCUCUGUCAUCUCCAGCCUCCUUAGCCUCAUCAUCUACACCAGGCUACAACGCCGACGUCCAGACAAGUCCAUCGGUGUUCACAUGAAUCUCACUGGGGCCAUUCUCUGCCUGCAUGUCAGCUUCCUGCUGGGCUGUCUGUGGGCCUGGCUGGAGGGGGGUGGCUGGCCAUGCAAGGUCUUUGGGGCUCUUCUGCACUGGUCUUUAUUGGGCACCUGGACCUGGAUGGCCAUUGAGGGCUUCCACCUCUACAUCCUAUUGGUCAGAGUGUUCAAUGUCUACAUCAGGAAGUAUCUCCUCAAAGUCAGCUUGGUAGGAUGGGGUGUUCCUACAGUGAUAGUGGUGACGUGUGGAUUUUUGGACGUCUACGGGGAAUUCACACCAAACACCGACCCCACCUGCAACACAACGUCCAAAAUCUGCUGGAUCAAGAAUAUGGAUGGGACACCACACAUCUACAUCUUGAUGUGGACUUACAUGGGCCUGAUGCUCCUGUUUAAUUCAGCCAUGCUCGCUCUGGUUGUGGCGAAGCUCUGGACCAUGAGGAGAACCAGUAUUGGCUUCAGCAGAGGGAUAUCCAGUAGUGAUAAUAAGUGGAAACUGGACAAGGAGAAGCGCUCGAGACUUUGCAAGGAUCUUGCCACAGUGAUGGGCCUCAGUUGUGUGUUAGGCUUAGCCUGGAGUUCUUCCUCUAUAACCUACUCUGAAGCUGGUUUGUACCUGUUCACCAUACUCAACUCUCUUCAAGGUGUAUUCAUGUUCCUCUGGUCCCUGGCUCUAACUUGCAAGUCUAGUUCAGAAAAUGAUUCCUCUGCCCAAUACUCCACGAAGAAGACCAUGGAGACCAGCUUUAAUAGUUGACAAAAGUGUUAUGUCAUAAAUCUGUCGUCGUAAACACUCUUGGCCUGCAUCAGGUCUUUGUUCUGGACAGUAAUAAUUUACUUCUGACCUAUGUUAUGCAUGAAGUUAUAUGCAAAUAAGAAUGAAUGAUUUUGAUAUAUGUGUGUAUGAUUAAAUAA